AUCGUUCUGCGACACCGGGCGCUGGGGAUACGCUUCAAUAUUCAGCCGCUACGUACUGCGUUAGCAGCGUGCGACGUAACUGGCCCUACAUUGAGUUGCCACAAGGCAACAUAGAGGCACGUCACUCAGCCGAGCCGUGAUCUAGGCUCGUCAACCAUGGAGACUCCCUCACCCGUCAAGCGCAAAGCCACGAUCGAUUUGACGCGGUCCGACUCCGAAGGCGAGGCUCCGAAACGGCGGCGUCGCGUCAUCGAGAUCGAGUCUGACGACGACGACGAGGAGGCGCCGAGCCCCACGACCAUGCCCUGGGAGACGCCCGAGUGGCAGGCGCACUGCGCGAAGAAGCGCGAAAGCCCGGUGAUGGGUCUCCUGAAAAACUUAUUUGCCAAAAGCGAUGCGCUCGGAUAUGGCACGUCGACGGACAUCCACGGCUCGGACGAGGAGAUGUGGCGCAAGAUCCACGACCCCGUCGGCCACCAGCGCAUGUGGCUGACGCGGAUUCUUAAAAAUCCCCCCGAAGGCUACAUCGAACAGCAGGUCGCGGAAUUUGCGCGCAAGCUCGACGGCCCCUGCGAGUGCCUGCGCGCGGGCCCGGACGAUUGCGUGUCGCGGCGCGCGCACAAAUGCUCGUGCCGCCUGGGCGACCCCGGAAAGUGCAAGGCGACGUCUCAUCACGCUUGCUGCUGCCGCCACGUUGAAAGCUACGAGCGCGGCAAUUGCAAGGCCACGACGCACGACUGCCUUUGCCCCCAUCUCGAAAGCUACGAACGAAGCGACUGCAAGGCCACGACGCACGCGUGCCUCUGCCCCCAACUCGAGAGUUACGAACGAAGCGACUGCAAGGCGACGACUCACCAUUGCCUUUGUCCCAGACUCGAGAGCUACGAGCGAAGCGAGUGCAAGGCCAGGUCGCACCGUUGCAUUUGCCACAAAUUGGAAAGCUACGAAAUGAGCGAGUGCAAGGCGUGUAACUAA